AUGGUAAAGAAGGUGGAACAUGGGCAAGAGAAGGAACAAUCUCAGCAACCAAUCCGUUUACUGACCCCGUAUAAGCUGGGCAAUUUUCAGCUAUUUCAUAGAAUUGUUUUGGCACCAAUGACACGGCAAAGAAGUUAUGGCAAUUUACCACAACCACAUGCAGUAUUAUAUUACUCUCAGAGAACCUCCAAAGGUGGUCUUCUCAUAACUGAAGCCACAGGAGUUUCUGACACAUCGCUCAUAGGGUUUCCAUUUGCACCUGGCAUAUGGACAAAGGAACAAGUUGAGGCUUGGAAACCCAUAGUAGAUGCAGUUCAUGCAAAAGGCGGUAUUAUCUUUUGCCAAAUUGCUCAUGUGGGAAGGGUUUCUGGCUCUCAACCCAAUGGACAAGCCCCAAUCUCGUCGACAGACAAACCAUUAACUCCCGAAGGUUUUGAUGCCCCAAAAUAUUCACAACCAAGACGUUUGAAGACAGAAGAAAUUCCUGGGAUUGUCAACGAUUUCAGGCUUGCUGCUAUUAAUGCCAUUGAAGCAGGUUUUGAUGGGGUAGAGAUCCAUGGUGCUCAUGGUUUUCUAAUAGACCAGUUCUUGAAAGACCAAAUCAAUGAUCGAACAGACGAAUAUGGAGGCUCCUUGGAGAACCGUUGCAGAUUUGCUUUAGAAAUAGUUGAAGCUGUUUCAGAUGCAAUAGGAUCUCAUAGAGUCGGAUUAAGGCUUUCCCCUUUUGCAAAUUACUAUGAAGCAGGCGAUUCAAAUCCAAAAGCUCUAGGCCUUUAUAUCGCAGAAGCCCUGAACAAGCCCAAAAUUCUUUAUUGCCACAUGGUUGAGCCGAGGAUGAAAACUCUUGGAGAAAAAUCGGAAUCUGCAGAUAGUCUUAUGCCGAUGAGAAAGGCAUUCAACGGUACUUUCAUUGCUGCUGGCGGUUAUAAUAGGGAAGAUGGCGACAGAGCUGUGGCCGAAAAUCAGGCUGAUCUUGUUGCAUAUGGACGCUUGUUCUUGGCCAAUCCAGAUUUGCCCAGAAGAUUCGAGUUAAAUGCUUCUCUGAACAAGUACCAUAGAGACACUUUCUAUACAUCUGAUCCUGUUGUUGGCUACACUGACUAUCCAUUUCUUGAAACCAAUGAUUGAUUAACCUCUGAAUGCAAUAAUCCUCAGUGUCUUGCUUGUUGAUCUUAUUUCCCUUUUGCU